GGGAGAUGUUGAUUUACCGGCGAGCGAGCUCAGCAAUUGUGCAAACAGUGCUGUGCCUGCCACAGUGGCACAAUGGUUUCACUCCGCCUCGUUCCAACAUGGUUCUGUAUAUUCUUCUAGUCAGCCUCUGCCUCUGUGUCUUCGUACUCCGCGCCAUAGAUCCACAAGAGAGGGUAGGCACGUGUGUUAAAAUCAACAUCAAUGUCACCUACUACAUGAACGCCAAUGAAGGCGUAUGGUUUCCACAAUACAGGGCCAGGGACGACGAUUACGUGACAGACAUUUAUUCCUGCCACACGAUAUACGAAAAGGUUUAUCUCGACGAUGAUGGAAAACCAUGGUUAGAAACUUCAUCGUAUUAUUCGAAAAAUGACAAGAUAGUGAAAGAUGGGCAUGUGCAAGUAUUUUACAAGUCGGAUGAACGAGGAAAAAUGAAUUCCAGUACCUACAUACCAGAAGAAGGAAAUUACCAAAUAUACAACUAUGUACUUAAUCUGACACCUGAGUACAGAGUGCGAUAUGUAUGCAGCGAUUUUCCCCGAACAAUUCCAGGUGUCCAUGCAGUCUACAUCGAAACGAGGAAGCUCUACCCGACGAUCAAGACGAUCAUGAAGGCUCGAGACGUACUUGAGAAGUACAAACUUGCGGUACCCCUCGUCAAAAUUAACCAAAAGAAAUGCACCAGGCCAAUCAACAUGGACGGAUACGUCCCACUUAGCACGAAAACUGGAUCCAGUUAGCUUGAAUAAAAAAAAAUAAAUUAAAAAAACGGCAUAAACAUAUUUGAACCAAGGAUCAUUGUAUUAAUUUAUUUUCGAAACAAAAAUUUGAAAAAUGUAUAUUAAUUGUAAAUUAGAUAAUUAUAUUAUUAAUAAAUUAUUUCCACAUAACUUACUGCUC